CUCUAUAUUUAGAGGAACCACACAGCAAGUACUGAGUCUACCUCAAAACAGGGAGAGGUGGUUGAAUAAUUAUACAAGAGCAGUUGCAUGCAUGUGGAAAAUAGCAAAAGUGUAGUGAAACAAAAAAAAGUGACAUCCGUUAAACAUAUGCUGUCUAGAAGUAUUCUCAGCUGGUUAGUGCUGCUGAACCUAGCUACUGUUACCAGGAGUGAGCACUAUCACAUUGUGCCAGUGGAUUCAACCGACUUGUGUGACGGAUAUGGAAAUGGAACUUGUUUCACUCUCGAGCAGCUUGUUCAAACAGACCUGUUAUCUGAUGGAGACAAUCUCACCUUGAGCUUUCUACCUGGAGAUCAUGUGUUAACUGAGCAGUUACUGAUUCGUAACUUUUCACAUGUGCAAAUCACCGGCCAGAACACAAGUACAACUGUAGUUGGAUUCCAUAGCAACGGUGCGAUACGUUUUGUUAGUAUUACCAAAUUGAAUAUUGAAUGCUUGGAUUUCGUUGAACCAAAUGUUGGACCACAAAACUCACAUCAAGGCUUGAUCAUUGAUGGUGCCAAUGAUGUGUACAUCAAAGACUGCUACUUUUCGGACUUUGUAUUAGUCAAUCAGGCGGAAAACCACAUAGUUAAGAUUGUUAAUACUCAAACUGCAACAAUUGAGAGCACUCUCUUUAUGAACAACAUUGGUCGGGCACUGCACGUUGAGGCUGAUGAUGUGUACAUAACAAAUAGUGAGUUCACUAGAAAUGAUGGAGGUGCAGUUUACAUUAAAUCAAACAACGCACUGAUCAACAACACAGAGUUCAACUAUAACAGUGCUGAGAGCGGAGGAGCAGUAGAAGUGGUAUCUGGUGCUGUAGUGAUCACUUGGUGUAAGUUCACAAAUAACAAAGCUUCUCAGAAUGGUGGAACGAUUCAUGUUGGCUCAGGCAGUGUGUCCAUCUCCAACAGUGAGCUGACAAACAACAGUGCUGACUCUCGUGGAGCGAUUCAUGUUUACUCAGGCAGUGUGUCCAUCUCCAACAGUGAGCUGACAAACAACAGUGCUGACUCUGGUGGAGCGAUUUAUGUUGGCUCAGGCAGUGUAUCCAUGUCCAACAGUGAGCUGACAAACAACAGUGCUGACUCUCGUGGAGCGAUUUAUGUUGGCUCAGGCAGUGUGUCCAUCUCCAACAGUGAGCUGACACACAACAGAGCUGACUAUAAAGGUGGAGCGAUUCAUGUUGACUCAGGUAGUGUGUCCAUCUCCAACAGUGAGCUGACACACAACAGAGCUGACUAUAAAGGUGGAGCGAUUCAUGUUUACUCAGGUAGUGUGUCCAUCUCCAAUAGUGAGCUGACAAGCAACAGUGCCAGCUAUAAAGGUGGAGCGAUUAGUGUUGGCUCAGGUAGUAGUGUGUCCAUCUCUAACAGUGAGCUGACAAGCAACAGUGCUGGCUAUAAAGGUGGAGCGAUUAGUGUUGGCUCAGGUAGAAGUGUGUCCAUCUCCAACAGUGAGCUGACACACAACAGUGCUGUCUAUGAUGGUGGAGCGAUUGUUGUUCUCUCAGGUAGUAGUGUGUCCAUCUCCAACACUAACAUUACUAAUAACAUGGCCAGUUUGAACAUUUUGCAAUCAAACGUAACAUUCACUGGAAUGAAUGUUGUCAGUAACAAUGGUCGUCCCAUUUAUGCUUUCAAUAGUCGAAUCGAGUUUAAUGGACCUACAACACUGAGUAACAAUCAUGGUGUGUUUGGUGGAGCUAUCAGCGCUGACCAGAGUCAAAUAUUCAUUAACACAGAAGGAGUUAUCAUCACCAACAACACAGCUACCUACGGAGGAGGGAUAUUUCUGAGAGAGAGUACACUCGUUGUAAAUGUGCCAAUAAAGAUCUAUCACAACACAGCACAGGAUGGUGGAGGGAUUUAUGCAUAUUCCAGUAGAGUUGAGUUCCAAUCAGUGCAGAUGGUAGGUGCAUAUGGUUAUCCACUUCCUCCAAAUAAACAGAGUGAGAUUGCUCACAACAUUGCUGAGAAUGGUGGAGGUAUACAUGCAGUAUCUUCAACUAUUAAACUAACUCAAUCACAUGUCAACAUUGACUCAAACACAGCUAACACAAGUGGAGGUGGAGUGUAUCUACAGCAAAGUUCGAAACUGUACCUAUUUAAAACGAAUAAAGAAAAUAAGACUCAGGAUCGAUAUGUUAAGUUAAUAAUAAGGGGGAAUAUUUGUGGCAGAUAACACACAGAGUG